UCAAAUGCCCCUAAAUGCUCCCUAAAUGUGAAAUGUUCUGAAGCAUGUAAAUUUAUUGAUGAUUAGACGUGUAAUUGAUUCUUUAGCUAUUAGUAUCAGUAGAUUUUCGCUUUAUGAAGAAAUGUCGUUUUAUGCAGUAGCCAAGGGAAAGAAAGUUGGCAUUUAUAACACAUGGGCUGAAUGUCAGUCUCAAACAAAUGGCUAUCCUGGUGCAAAGUUUAGAAAAUUUGCAUCUGAGCAAGAGGCCCAAAGUUUCAUAGAUUGUACUAAUGUUCCAGAAAUACUGCCAGUUGUGCCCAAAGCUACACAGCCUUCAAAUUCACCCGAGAAUUUGUGUAUGUUGGAAAGUUCAAGCGUUAAAACACAGCCUACCCUAGGAGCUAGUACUUCUGGUUCUCAACCAAAAGGUUCUUAUUAUGCUGUAGCCAUAGGGAAGAAUGUUGGCAUUUAUUUCACUUGGGCAGAAUGUAAAGCCCAGAUUGAUGGCUGUGGGUUCACCAGAUACAAAAAAUUUGAUAACAUAGCGGAAGCUGAACGUUUUAUUCAAGAAAAUAAAAUUCAGAAAGGAUCUGGACCUUCAAAAGUAUCCCAAUCCCAAAAAUCUCUGCUCAGUAAUUUCCCUGCUGUUGCCACUGAUAAAGAUAUUAGUGUUCGAAAUUUAUCAACGGUGUCCUUUCGGGAACACACGUUUCAAAGAGAUGAAGACGGAUUCGUUCAUUGUUAUACUGAUGGAUCUUGUGAAAAGAAUGGACAAGUUGGUGCUAAAGCAGGGGUUGGUGUCUGGUUUGGAGUGGAUCAUCCUUUAAACGUGAGUGAACCAGUCGACGGACCCCCUACGAAUAAUGUUGCAGAGAUUCAAGCAGCAACCAAGGCAAUUCAAGUGGCCCGGCAGUGCGGCAUUCCAAAAUUGCAGAUAAAUACAGAUUCCCAGUUCUUGAUCAAGUGUAUUACACAGUGGAUGCCAAAAUGGCAAAAGAAUGGCUGGAAAGUUAGUACUGGCGGUGAUGUCAAGAAUAAAGAACAACUGGAAGAGCUUCAUCGAGCACUGAAAAAUAAUAUAGAUAUCAAAUGGAACUAUGUGAAAGCUCACAAAGGAAUCGAAGGAAACGAACAUGCUGAUUUGCUUGCUAAAGCAGGAGCGACUAACUACAAGAUCAAGACCACUACCAGAGAUGUUCGGUUUAAACCUUAUUCAUUGACGUGAAGUGCAAUGAUGUUACGAGUGAGCUGUAAAUCCUGCAAACAUACACUCAGUUUCCAGUA